AUGUCAGCCGAAACCGACGACGUCGCUUUCGUCACGUUGACGAAAGCCGAGUUUGAUAAGUUGUCACCGGCGAAUAGGCACGCCGUUAUAGAAGCGAAGACCAAUAAUUCCUCUGGUAAACACGCCGCCACCGCCAAGCAAGACCCCAAGCAGCAGACGCAAAAACUGCUGUACCAACUCUUCAGAUUGCCCAAGGAUGAGCUGCCCCAGCUGCUCAGUGCGCUCGGCUAUCCACCGCGCGAGGCGGUUGAACGUGCGAGCAAGCCGACCAGCGAUGACCCCGAGGUCAUCCAGUUGCGGGAAAAGGUCGCGCAGCUCGAGCGACAAAUGCAGACCGGCGAGCGGCACGAGGAGACCAGAAGACUGCAGAGCGAAGCCGAAGGGCAAACCAAGGAACGGCUGGCCAAGGACGAGGAGACCAAAAGACUGCUGGCCGAAGCGGCUAAGGAGAACGAGCGAUUGCGGGCCGAAGUCGAACGGCUGAAAAAUAAUGCCGGAAAGGAUGCCAAGCUUGGGGAACAACAGGGUGUGGCCAAAGCCGGCACUAAACCACCUACAUCCCGCGCGUUCCGGAAGCCCUAA